AUGGUAGAAAAGAACUUAGAGAAUGAGAAUGAUGAUGUAAUUGUUAAUGAAGUUGGUCAAGAAUUUAUUAUUGAAAAUGAAAUUGAUAUAGAAAGAAAGGAUGUUCAUGGUAAUUUGAGUAGUGAUGUUUCUUAUAAUAUUUAUGAUCUCGGAUGGUGGAAAAUUAUUGAUACUAAAUUAAGAGAUUUGUUAGUAGAAAAAUGUCCAAUUAGAAUAAAUGAUAUAAUUUUUCCAAAAGAUGAAAAUUCUAGGCAUUUUUCCACUUUUUAUUACAUGAGAAAAUUAUCGAAUGGGGAAACAUAUGAUAGAAGAUGGUUGGUAUAUUCUAAGGAUUUUGACAAGGUGUAUUGUUUUUGUUGCAAAUUAUUUCAUUCUAAUUCUACUAAUAAUAUGAAUCAAUUAGGCAAUGAAGGAAUUAAGGAAUGGAAAAAUCUUGGUGCUAGGCUUAAAACACAUGAAACAAGUAAUGAGCAUAUUGUUAACAUGAAUGCUUGGAUUGACUUAGAAUUGAGACUUGCAAAUAAUAAAACAAUAGAUAAAAGUGUGCAAGAACGAAUUAAUAAGGAGAAGAAACAUUGGAGGAAUAUUUUAGUAAGAAUAAUUGCUAUUGUAAAAAGUCUAGCUAAGAAUAAUUUGGCAUUUCGUGGAAAUAAUGAAAAGAUCUACCAAGAGAACAAUGGUAAUUUUUUGAGUUUAAUUGAAAUGAUUGCUGAAUUUGAUCCAAUUAUGCAAGAACAUGUCUGA